AUGCGAAGGCCGCAAUGCCAUGCAUUGCGUUCCGGUGAAGGGUCAAGCUCCUACGAAGAUGAGAAGUAUUUGAGCGUCCAGGAUUUCUCAACUCUACUGCCACUGCCAGCUGUCGUGCGGUUGGGAGAAUAUUUGCAGCAGUGGCUCUGGACCUAUGCGUGGCAUUUGCCCCUGCAAACGAUACGAUUGACCGCCUUCUUUGCCAGGCUGUUUCUUUAUGUUGUCUUUCUUUUGCCUGGCUUGAUAUUCGGACUCGUGUAUUGGGCAUUUGCCGGCGAAAACAUUCUCAGCGUCAACUACAAGGACAAAGGAGGCCUUCGCCACAACUGUGACAUUUAUCUUCCAAGCCAUCUCAAUCACAAGGGCAAACCCGACCAGCCUAAAGCGCCGGUCAUGAUCAUCAUUCCUGGAGGCGCUUUCAUCCUGGGUCAUAAGGCCUACGUGACCAUGCUUUGCAGAGCACUGCGGAGCGUUGGAUUUCUCUGCAUCGCUGUUGACUAUCGCUAUUGGCCUCAAACCACAAUUGACGGAAUGGUGGAGGACGUGAAUGAAGCUGUUGCCUGGUCUGUGCAGCACUGUGCAGAUUAUGGCGGCGACCGGAAGCAGAUAGGGAUUCUUGGGCUCUCGUCGGGCGCACACGUUGCUGCUUUGCUCCUUACACGCCGUGCUGCCACAGAGGAGAAGGAGAUUUCCGCAGGUCUGGAGGCCCGCCCUAGUCAAAGCUUACAGAAGGCAAUGCAAGCAUUGCAUGCCACAGUGCUGACCAACAGAUCAACACCUGAAGGUCCAGCACUGCAGUCAUCCUGGUCAACCUCAGAUAUUCUUGGCUUCAUCGGCUUAGGAGGGAUCUAUCACCUGCAUGGCCGCUUCAUGUCGCACUUGCAUGCCAAAGGCAUCGACUUCGUGCUACAGCGUCUUGUUUUUGGAGAGACUGAAGCCAUACGCGAGAGCCGAUCGCCAGCUGUCAUGGUUCGUAGAUCUCAAGGCUUGGCCGACCGCCUGCCUCCAGUCUUGCUCGUGCAUGGCACGAGUGACAAAAUUGUGCCGCAAGAGCAGUCAGAAGAAUUCCAAAAGACUUUGUCAGCGUUGGGUGCCGAUGUACAGCUUGUGUUCAGCCCUGGCGAAGGCCACAACGACCCUGUGAUCCAUUCGCCAUUAAUGAGCAAUCAUGACACAGUUCAGGCUAUCCUGUUGGCUAUGCGCCGUUGGGGAGCGCAGUAUCCUUUCAGCGCCAGCACAGACAAAGUGGAGACCGCCGAUGACGAAGACGCUUUAAGCACUUCUGUCGAUGAGCUCUUCGGAGCACUGCCCAAGUGGCCUCGGACUCCAAAGUCCGCCGGGAUCUCAGACUUUGGUUUCAGCAAGUGCGGUGCAGAGGCUGCAGGCACGAGUGAACUUUGCCAUGCUGCGCAGAACUCUGCCAUCCAGAGUGAGCGUAAGGCUGCAGCUUUUCGGAAUUUGGGGCUCACGCAAGACUCCCGCGCAACUGUGGAGCAAGUCCUGGACCCAAGAACAAUGCAUGUUCUAAGCAAAUUCCUGAAGCGUGGCCUUUUUGACGAGAUUCAUGGGUGCAUCAGCACAGGCAAAGAGGCCAAUGUGUACUAUGCUACCUCUGGUGAUGGCAUCCAGCGGGCGGUGAAGGUCUACAAGACAUCCAUCCUUGUCUUCAAGGAUCGUGCCCGGUAUGUUGAAGGCGAGUUUCGCUUUCGGCAGGGCUACUGCAAAGGCAACCCGCGGAAGAUGGUCGCUCAGUGGGCAGAAAAGGAAAUGCGCAAUCUUCGACGGCUUGCUGCAGCCGGGAUUCCAUGUCCAGAGGUAGUUGAUGUUCGCCAAAAUGUGCUGGUCAUGGAAUUUCUGGGUGAAGAUGGCAAUGCUGCUCCGAGACUAAAGGAUGCAGAUGGUCUAGAUUCUGCCGCCUGGGAUCAACUUUACAUGGAUUGCGCCGUACUCAUGAGAACCAUGAUGCAGCGCUGCAAACUGGUUCACGGAGACCUCUCCGAGUACAACAUGCUGCACAAUGACGGUCAGCUGUACAUCAUUGAUGUCUCCCAGUCUGUGGAGAGUGAUCAUCCUCAAGCUCUAGACUUCCUGAAGAGAGACUGCGUAAACGUCAACAACUUCUUUGCCAAGCGUAUGUCACGAACAGUGCUGCCAGUGAAGCGCCUGUUUGAUUUCGUUGUCACGCGCGAACUGCCCAGGCUUAAUGCCUCUGGGGCAAACAACGAAGAAGAUUCGGAGGCUUUCAAGGCACUGUUGGAUGCAGCGGAGAAGGGCGAUUUCCAGGAGGACGACGUGGAGGACGAGGUCUUCAUACAGACGUGGAUCCCAAGCAACCUGAACCAGGUCUCGGACCAACGGUUUUUGGAAGAGGAGCUGGAGAAGCGCCGACGCGGAGAAGAGGUCCUUUGCGAACGACUUCUGGCGGAUGACGCAUCUGAUUUGGAGGAUGAAGUUGCAAGCACCUGCGAAACACAGCAGAUCGCAAGCAACGGCGCGGGCGGAGCGGACGUUGUGGAUGCGGAUGGCGCGGACGAUGACGACGAGUCUGACUCAGAUCCUGAGCAUGACGGAAAGAACGAUGGGCACCGUCCAGAAGGGAUGGACAAGGCCGAGUGGAAGAGGAAGGUGAAGGAGGAAAAGCGAGAGAAGCGCAAAGAGAAGGUUCCAAAGGCGCUAAAAAAGAAGUUUCGCAAGCAGGCCGCCCAGGGACGCUGA